CAACCUUUAUUCAGACAUUUUAAAAUACAUUGGCCCCUUUAUGAAUUAAAUGAAAAAUAUUGGACCCUGAAGAUUCACUUGUCACCAUUUAUCAUCCCCGCGAAGCACGAUGGUCGAUGUAGGAAGGGCGUCCGGCUUCCCAUUCCUCUCCGGCGACCAUUCUUCCCGCGUGCAUCCUCCUUCUCCGCCGGACGACGGCGCUCCGUCCUCCUCCUCGCUGUUGCCGGAGCUUUUUAACCUAGACGAACAAGUAUACCAAGUUGCUCGGCAUACUUCUUUCAUAGUUAAAAACAAGCGCUUGGAUUCUGGUCUCAUUGCUCAUGCAAAGCAGAUGAAGCUGAUUUUGCAGUAUGGUGUUGGACUGGAAGGUGUUGAUGUUGAGGCUGCUACCAGACAUGGAAUUAAAGUUGCAAGAAUUCCAGGAAAUGUGACAGGGAACUCUGUAUCAUGUGCUGAACAUGCAAUAUAUCUGAUGUUAGGCCUUUUAAGGAGACAGAAAGAAAUGGAAUCCGCAGUCCAACAAAUGCUAUUGGGACUGCCAGUCAGGGAAACACUUUUUGGUAAAACGGUCCUCAUUCUUGGGUAUGGUAAUAUUGAUGUUGAUCUUGCAUCACGUUUACGAGCAUUUGGUGUCGAAGUUCUGGCAACAAAAUCAAUAACUUAUACGCCAAGUUUGACCCUUGAUGCUGAUGAUGGUUCAGUGGAUAAGAAGGGGGUGCUGGAGAACCUUUAUCAAUUUGCUGGCGAUGCUGACAUAGUUGCUGUUUGCAUGGCACUAAACGAUAAAAUGGUUGGUAUUGCGGACAAGAAAUUUCUCUCAUCAAUGAAAAAGGGUGCUAUUCUGGUCAAUGUUGCUCGUGGUGGUCUCCUAGACUAUGAAGCUGUUAAAUCCUCUCUUGAAUCUGGACAUUUGGGUGGUCUGGGAAUUGACGUUGCAUGGACUGAGCCAUUUCAUCCAGAUGAUCCAAUUCUUAAGCACCCUAAUGUGCUGAUCACACCUUAUAUUGCUGGAGUUACUGAAUAUUCCCACAGAUCUAUGGCAAAGGUUUGA